UGAAAAAGGUCCCUAGCAUAUCAUUAUUAUGUGCUCGCGGUUUAUAUAUUCAUUCACUUGCUCGAUUCUUCGCUAGAAUUUACACAAGAACAAAACACUUUUCUUGAGUGAAGGCCAAUGGUAAAUGCUUUCAGCAACGAUUUUUCCUGAGAGAUCGAUUUUUUUUUCGUCGGGGCGUUGAACUCAGAAACUGAACUUUGAGUUAAAAUUGAGGUCAACAAUGUUUGAUACGGUGAUUAUUCUAUGCGGGGCGUGACAAAAUAAGGUCAAGGCCGCAGGCUGAGUUGUCUGACAAGAAAGUUACAGGUGUGAACGAGGUUAUGUUUCGGGAUUUCGCUCAGCAAGCUCUAAAUGACACACAUCUAAGUGAAGUAUGAUAUGUUUACCGCGAUCUAACCAGUAAGAUAUGGAUCUGGUGUACCAUGAUAGCUCUCUAUCACUCGUCGCUAACGAGGAGUGUGGAAUAAGAUCCUGCAGGCCUCCAAGAAUUGAAGAAUUCCCUCCUGAUCUGUUCAACCAGGAGCAGAGAUUUUACGGUGGAGUUACGUUUCAUCUUCUAGUUUGCCUCCAUAUCUUUUGCGCUUUGACUGUUGUCUGCGACGACUACUUCGUGGCAUCGCUGAACCGAAUCACCAAAUGUUUGGGUCUUAAACCAGAUGUGGCCGGUGCUACCUUCAUGGCUGUGGGAAGCUCCGCACCGACACUCUUUAUCUCAAUAAUAUCGACAUUUUUCACAGAAGGAGACAUCGGCCUCGGAACAAUAGUUGGCUCGACUAUAUUCAACACACUUUUCAUCAUAGCCUUGUGUGGUAUUGGCGCUGGUUUGACGAUGCGUUUGAAAUGGUAUCCGCUUUUUAGAGAUUCUACCAUGUAUGUAAUUAGCGUGAUCAUCUUGAUGAUUUCGAUUUACGAUCGGAAAGUUCAUUGGUAUGAAAGCGCCGCGUUUUUCAUCUCAUACUCUGUUUACAUUAUUGUGAUGUAUUUCAACUCAAAUAUUGAGGAAUGGUCCAUGAAACUGAAAGAUCGGAUAAUAAAACCCAACGCCGAAGCAGAUUCUGAAGUUGAUGAGAAAGGUCAAGAUACUGAAGCUGAAACUUUAGAAAAUGAUUCCUCCCACGAGGAAGAAAAUCGUUUUAAAACACCAAAAGGAUUUUUCUCAAGGAUAGUUUGGAUUUUCACUUUACCUUCCAUAGUUUUAUUUUAUAUAACAAUUCCAGAUUGCCGUAAGAAGGAAUGGCGAAAAUUUUACUUGGUAACAUUCACAGUUUCGGCCUUCUGGAUGGGUGGGUUAUCGUACAUUUUAGUCUGGAUGGUUUCCCUCGUGGGAUUCACUUACAAUAUCCCAGAAUGCGUCAUGGGUAUGACAUUCCUUGCUGCGGGCAGCAGUCUCCCAGACGCCAUCGCUAGCUUGGUGGUCGCUAAACAAGGAAGCGGAGAUAUGGCUGUAUCAAAUUGUAUUGGCAGCAAUGUUUUCGACAUGUUAUGCCUUGGAAUUCCAUGGAUGAUCAAAACUACUAUAAUCACUCCGAGCAGUGUAGUUCACAUUCAAAGCGAGAACAUAUUUUUUACUUCAGGGAUUUUGAUAGCUAGUAUCAUUUGUACAGUGUUACUGAUAGCUCUUAACAAAUGGCGGUUAGACGAGAAACUAGGCGUUAUUUUUCUUGUUAUGUAUUUGAUUUUUCUUGGUAUUGCUACAUUUAUCGAAGUGCUGCCUUGUUGCUGAGCACAGAAAAACGGGUUUUGAAAUAACCCAUGCUAGCCGUAGGUUAACAGAUAUGGCUCAGUGGCGGAAAUCGAGAAGAUUUUGAUAUGUGUCAAUAAAUCAACUGUUCAUUUA